AUGGGUUGGUUCUGGGCAGACUCUCAAGCAAAGCCCGCGCCCGCGGCUCCGCACCCCGUGCCAUCUUCAGACGCCUCUCCUCCCCCAGGAUGUCCCAUGCACGCAUCUAACACCACGCCGGCAAUGCCAGCCCCAUCACCCACCUCCGAGCCUCCCAGUGCCUGUCCGGUCCGGUCUACAGAUUCCCCGUUCUAUGUGCCUCCGAAGUCCAAGUCUCCGGAGUCGCAGCCUCCCUCCAACCCUACUACCAGCUCUGACACGCGAUCUACUCUUUCAAAGCUAAACCCUCUCAACUACAUGUUCGCCUCGAUCUCCCAGGAAAGGGCGCCCAACCAGACCGUGGAUCUUCCCGUGGAGCGAGAAGUUUCGUCUAUCCCGAGAUCCGAUAUGAAUGAGAACUGGGAAUAUCCUUCCCCUCAGCAGAUGUACAACGCCAUGCUGCGCAAGGGUUAUACCGAUACCCCGCAGGAUGCCGUUGAGGCCAUGGUUGCUGUUCACAACUUCUUGAAUGAGGGCGCUUGGGAGGAGAUUGUUCGGUGGGAGCGUAUAUUUUCCAAGGGUCUGGCAGAUGGCUGGGAAAAGUGCCGUCGCGGAGAGGAGAACAUCAUGAUGGACGAGUUUAAAGAGCAGAUGUCCAGCGCUCCCAAGCAGGAUGUUCCUCCGCCGCGACUCAUCCGGUUCCAGGGUCGCCCGCAAGAGCUUACGCCCAAGGCACGGAUCCUUCAGGCAUUGGGCUGGGUGUAUCCUGCCAAGUUCGAGUCAAACCCACCCUUCGAUCGCCACGAUUGGUUCGUAAUGCGACAGACGCCUUCCGGCCCUAAGGAAGUCCGUUAUGUUAUUGACUACUAUUCUGGUCCCCCCGAACCCACCGGAGAGCCUGUUUUCUACUUGGAUAUCCGACCGGCCCUGGACACCCCAACUGCCGCCGUUGAGCGACUAAUGAGAUGGGGAGGAGAUGUCUGGUGGCGUGCCAGUGGCGCCUCUGUUCGGGAAAAUUAA